AGGUCUGAGGAGAACCAGCCCCACUGUGAUAAGGGGGCCCUACCCCUCCAGACUCUCCACACCUAAUAUUUGAAAACCAGAGUAUAUAAAGUGGAUGGGUUCCCUUUUAGCUGAUCCCGCACCACUUCCAGCGACAAAAUGAAGCUGAUUGUGAGUAUACACAACUUUUCAUUUUCUACUGAAAGCCCAUGCGACGGAAAACCCACUUUAUCCCUAAAACCUCUUCUUUUUGUGGGAAGCAAUUUCUAGAUUUCGUUUAUGUAUUUAUUUUAUGACGUUUAUAUACUGCCUUUUCUCCGAAGGAGUUAGAGGUGGUAUAAAUGAUUCUCCGCCCCCCAUUUCAUCCUCACAAGAACCCUGUGAGGUAGGUUAGGCCAAGGUCACCCAGCGAACUACGUGCCUCACAGGGCUGUUUUGGGGAUUAAAUGAUAUGGGGAGAACCUUACCCUCCUUGGAGGAAAAGCAAUGCAACAAAUAACAUAAAAUAAAUCUGCUACAUCAUAUGUAGACCUGGUGGGCUUCAGCUCCUUGAGGAAUAUGCAAGAAACACACUCAUGGUGAAACAGCCCUCCUGCCCACGAAUGCACUUGAGCCGCUGUGCUUAAGAGCUCUUAACUCUGUGAUGGAUUGCGGUCUUAAUCUUAAGACACGAAGUAACCCCCAUGCACUAACAAACACAACUGUCCUUUUAGCUACUGGAAAACUGAACGUACAUAGGAUGCUGCAGCCGGAAUCCUAAUGUCAAAGUUGGACAUUGGAAAUCAAGGCACUUGGGAAAUUUCUCUGCCCCUACUCAGAAUAAUUUGUUAGCCAGUGCAUGCUUGAAUCGAUCUCUAGUUGCCGGAAGUCCAAAAUAGGAGGCAAAGAGUACAGGCACUUUAUGCAGCAAAGGAAUGAGCGAGAAACGGCUGGAUUCAUAGCCUGAGUUGUUGUUUUUUGUAGAUUAGUUUACAAAUAAUGUACUGAGAUUAUGUUUGAAUUUUUUUAAAAACCCGAGUUGAUUAUAAAUAGAAGAUGACUGUCAUGUAACGCUACUCUUCUUCUGAAAUCUGUUCCAGGCUCUGAGUGUUGCGCUCCUGGGCGUUCUCCUAGCCCCCACCUUAGCCGAUAAUGUAAGUACUAAGACAGAUUAAACACACUGCUCUCAUUACAUUACUUCAGUUUCUGUCUUGUUGCUGCUCUUAGAAGCUCGAAAUCGGAUGUGCUCUGAGGCUGCCUUUAUAUCUUGGUGUAGAAUUCUGCAUGAUGAGACCCUCUUGCUUUGUGAAUGUGGGCACAGCAGCUAUGGGAACAUGGAAGCAUUGUCCUCUGAGGCUGCCUCUGAUCCCAUUCUUGAGCCUUGCGUAGGGUGGCCAAUUUGCCAGGUUUUGAGGGAUAGGAGCCGGGUGCUGUUCCAAAGAUUCCUGCAUCGCAGAGGGUUGGGCUAGAUGACCCUUUGGUCCUUUCCAACUCUACAUUUCUAGGAUUCUAUCAUCUCCAAACACAGCUUGGAAAAAAAUAAUGUUUCAGACUGAACUGUGCCUGAGAGCUGGCUUCAGUCAUGCUUACUGAGGUGGACGUCCACUUUUUGUUCUAUUCUGCAUUUACAAAGAAAUGUUUAUUGUGAAAUCUGGAACACUGAAAAUCUGACUGUCUUGCUGUUCUUCAUUUUUCCCACUCAAGAAUAUCAGCGAAGACAACCAGGGAAAUGUGGAGGGCCAUUCCCAUCAGUCUGUGAGCAUUGACAACCAAAAGCAGGUGGUCAACGUAGACAACAACAAUGGCUGGCACUCCUGGAACAACAUCUGGGAUUACGGCACUGUAAGGAGCACCCACACAUUCAGAUGCCUUUGUUUUUUUUACUUGGGAUAAGGAAGGAAUUCAGUUUAGUUCACAUAAAAAAAAUAUGAAUUGAUUGAAUUUGUGAUUUCCGAAAUGGUAUGAGAACAAUAGAGUAUGCAGUAUUGGGGAGGGGGUGAAAUGAAGCUCAGUUCCACAUUUUAUGCCGACCUGCCUCAUCACUACUUCCCAAGGCAAUAUGCCAAAUGAGGCACAACUCUGCAGAUUUCAUAAUGCAGUUCUUCAUCCAAAAACUGCACAAAAUGCAAGCAUUUAUUUCAUAAAAUUUAUAUAGUGGUCAAUUGCAGGGAAAAAACCCUACUGAAAGUAGUUUGCAAAAAUAAAUUGAGGGAAUAUAAUUUGUAAAUUUGUAUAUUAGUGAACAUGGGAUGCGGGUGGCACUGUGGGUUAAACCACAGAGCCUCUGGGCUUGCCGAUCAGAAGGUUGGAGGUUCGAAUCCCCACGAUGGGGUGAGCUCCCGUUGCUCAGUCCCUGCUCCUGCCAACCUAGCAGUUUGAAAGCAUGUCAAAGUGCAAAAAUAGGCACCGCUCCGGCGGGAAGGUAAACGGCGUUUCCGUGCGCUGCUCUGGUUCGCCAGAAGCGGCUUAGUCCUGCUGGCCACAUGACCCGGAAGCUGUACGCCAGCUCCCUCGGCCAAUAAAGCGAGAUGAGCGCUGCAACCCCAGAGUCUGUCACGACUGGACCUAAUGGUCAAGGGUCCCUUUACCUUUACCUUUAUAUUAGUGAACAGUAUAUAUAAAAUUGCACUAUAUUAGGGAAUAUUGUAUGCAAGAAUUUUUAUUUCUUUAAAGGUUGUAGGUUUGAGGUGGUAAUGGGGUGAACUGAGUUUAAGACGGGAAAACUGGAAGAAAGUAAAAUUGACAGAAUUGUCCCUUCUUGCGUAAUGCUCAUCUGACUACUCCUGUUUUGCUUGGGCAGGGCUACAUGGCAACCCGGAUCCUCUCCAAGAAAUCUUGCAUUCUUACCAAAAUGAAUCGAAAUGUCAUGCCAGAUGUGACCACUCUUCCAGAAGCCAUCAAGGAAAAACAGGUAAAGCCAAGAGGAGCCUUGUUGGGUGGAUUUCAAAGAGGAUUAGACAAGUUCUUGAAGAAUAAGGCCUUCAACAGCUAGCUACUAAAUUUGCAUUUCCUGAAAUAAUAGGAGUACAUCCAAAGUUGUCCUUCAAGAUUUCUGCUUAUUUGAAUUUGGUGAUUGAAUUCUCCAACCAAUCGUCACAAAAAUGCAUAUGACCCACUCAGUCCCGUCUUUCAAUUCUGUGCUGUUGCUCCCCCCUGUUUAGAAGGAUCGUACCAAAGGGCCGGCACCCAAGAACCUCACUUACAUGGUUACUCCCAAGAAGAUCACUAACCUGGCCCCAUAUGGGAAGAACAUUGAAGCCUUGUGCAGAGGGAUCCCUACCUAUGCUGCUUAUGAAUUCGCAGGUGAGUCCUCAACUGAAAGGGGUUUGCAGAGUGCAAAGAGUGUAUUCCUGCCUCAGGGACAAGUUGAGUUUGUUUCCCCUUCCGCACAACUAUACAUGGAACCAGAGAAUCACAAGGGAACCCCUUUUGGGGUCAUCUUCCCCCCCUCCACUGCGUUCCUCCCCAGGGCCACAGAGCACAGGUUUGACCCUAGUGAUAAACUGAUUGGGCAGCUGGCUAAAAAUCUUCAGACUGGAUAUAAAAUAAAUGUGCAGCCUCAGUUUCAGGUUAAUAAUAAAUAUGAUAAUAUGCAGACCUGAUGAAAAUAUUGAGAUCCUAAUGACAUAUCAAUAAUGCAAGCACACCCAUGAACUGAACGAACUGUACACUUGGAACAUUAAACUUGGAUCUGUAGCACAACAUAAAGGUAAAGGGACCCCUGACCGUUAGGUCCAGUCGUGGCCGACUCUGGGGUUGCGGCACUCAUCUCGUUUUAUUGGUCGAAGGAGCGGGCGUACAGCUUCUGGGUCAUGUGGCCAGCAUGACUAAGCCGCUUCUGGCGAACCAGAGCAGUGCACGGAAACGCCAUUUACCUUCCCACCAGAGUGGUACCUAUUUAUCUACUUGCACUUUGAUGUGCUUUCGAACUGCUAGGUUGGCAGGAGAUAGUGAGUAUCAAAUAACAACUUUGUUGCAUUCGCAUGGGGUUCACUUACGGAAACCUUCCAAUGUGAUUGCGCAUAAUUGGGUGAACCUGCCCCUUCAUACUGUCAAAGGGCAGGACCGAAUGUCCGUAGAAAUACUCGGUUCACGGCACAUUUCCGCAAAGUGCUACUCAGAAUUGGUUGUGCGUUGAACAUGAAAUAUAUCUUAUAGCCUUCCCCCACUUCUGUUGCUGGCCCUGGUUGAUCAUUGCAGCCCCACUGAAGCGACUGGAAUGGCACAGUGGUUGAACUGGUUUAAAAACAGCAUCAGUUGUCUCGAUGUACCAUGAGCUGCAGGGUUCUAUAAAGUGCAUGAGAGCUGGUGUGGCAGAGUGGUUAGAGUGUCAGGCUUGGACUUGGGAAAUCAGAGUUCGAAUCCUCAGCCACAAAGCUCAUUGGGUGACCUUGAGCCGGUCAUUCUCAGCCUGGCCUACCUCAUAGGGUUGUUGUGGCAAUUAAAUGGGGGAGGAGAAUCAGGAAUGGCACCUGGAGCUCCUUGGAGGAAAGGGUGGGAAAUAAAUGCAUUAAAUAAAUGAUUUAACUCCAUCCAAAUGCCUUGUCUGAUGCUAUCUGUUCCCAUGUUCCAAAUACCGCGGAACAUGUGGGAAAAUAAUAUCUGGGAUGCAGCAAUGUCUGAGGGUCUCACCUUCCAAGAAACAUUGACCCCUUUCAUUAAGAAUGUUAAUGACCAAAAUCAAGACCUUGUAUACCAACCGCUCAAUAUUCUCAGUGGAGAGGUUUGAUCAAGUAAUAUGUUUGACUUUUGAAGGUAUUAGUGGAUGUCUAGAGACAACAGUUAAAACAAACACAUUAUUAACUGCACUGCUUGAUAAGUGUUUAAUGGUUAAUGUAUUUGUUUAAAAACAAACACAUUUUAAAAUAAAUUAAUAAAUCAAAUUAUUUAAUUCCAUCCCAAUACCUUGCCUGCUGCUAUCUGUUCCAAUUUUUUCUUUCCAGGAGAAAAUUCAGGAGCCUGCUUCAAAGCCAAUAUCCUCUGGAUCUUGCACAUCAGCCUUUGUGGGGGAGAAAGGAUGUCUUAAUAAACCUCCAACUUUUCCCCACCGCAGUGUUUGUCCAUUGAUGAAAGAAACAGCUUCUCACCCUGGGUUUUCUUCAUUUCCUUUUCAUCUUACGCUUGGAGCAUGAGGGAAAAAACUACUGCAUUUGGAGUGAUUGCCAAUUAAAAUGUGCCUAGAAUUU